UCCCCUCUUUCUCUCUCUAGAAAUUAUUUACAAAAACAAAACAAAUCUCCAAUCAAAAGAUUCGAUGUUAUAUUAUUAUAUGCGACGCCACGACUUCGACGACUCUCUCUCCGAAUCGCCGAUUAUUUCCCAAUCAAUUUUUCUCUCUCUCUCUAGAAACUCCAUUAUCUUCGCCUGGCCAGCUUCAUCUUCUGCUCUCACGUAAAUCUCUUAUCCCCACUACCAAUUUCUAUAUUGUUAUUUCCAAGUUUAUUCCUUUUCUUGAUUCUACAGAUUCCCGUAUUCUUCUUUCAGCCCCUUCUUUCUCAUUGGCCCUCUUCGGAUUUUUCUAUGUUUCGAAACCCACCGACUCAUCCAUAAAUAAACCCACCCCCUCUGAUUCUGAUUCACCUCAAUUCGAAAUCAAUCUGGGUUUUUUUCGUUUUUGCUUUUUGCAAUGGAUUUCGUUGAUAACAUUUUGGAUAUUCGAGUGGGAAUGGAUUUGAGGCACUAUGCCGAUGCUUUGGAUCAGGAACGCCGCAAAAUUCAGGUCUUUCAGCGGGAACUUCCUCUCUGUUUGGAUCUCGUUACCAGAGCCAUUGAAUCUUGCCGGCAGCAGUUUUCUGGGUUGUCGACGGAGAGCUCCGAGCAUACGUCCAGCGACGGCCCUGUUUUGGAGGAGUUUAUUCCGAUUAAUAAAAUUCCGGUUACUUCUCAUUCUGAAGAUGAACAAUCGGAACCGGAUAAGAAUGACGUAGGUCGAUCCGAUUGGCUUAAAUCCGCUCAGCUUUGGAAUCAAACUCCCGAUCCUCCAAUCACAGAGGAUGUUUCCAAGAAAACGACUUCGGUUGUUGGUGAGGUAAAAAAUAAUGGCGGUGGCGGUGCUUUUCAGCCAUUCCAGAAGGAGAAAUCUCCGUUGAAAACAGAGGCGGCGCCGGUCGUCGGUAAAACGCUCGGUUCUUCUUCGGUGCCGGAGGCGACGACGAGUUCGACUGCGGAAACCGCCUCCAAAGGCAGCGGUGGAACCAGUAAACGGGAAGAUAAGGAAUCUCAGACUCAGAGAAAACAGAGGCGGUGCUGGUCGUCGGAGUUACACCGGCGAUUCUUACACGCCCUACAACAACUCGGCGGCCCUCACGUUGCUACACCGAAACAAAUCAGGGAGUUGAUGAAGGUGGAGGGCCUCACUAAUGAUGAAGUCAAAAGCCAUUUACAGAAAUACCGAUUGCACGCCAGAAGGCCAACAAAUUCUGCAAUGCAAGACAGCGGCAACUCAUCGGCGCCGCCGCAAUUCGUGGUGGUCGGGAGCAUAUGGGUGCCGCAGCCACCGAAAUCCGCGGCGGUGGCGACACCGGAAGUAAGAAAUGGAAUUUACGCCCCGGUGGCGACGCCGGUGCCGUCUUCCGGCAAAACCCAAAGGCCACGGCAGAGGGCGUCGGACCACAGCGCCGGAGUGGCUCAUUCGAAUUCUCCGGCGACUUCGUCAUCCACCCACACCACCACAGCCUCCCCGUCGGCGUAGAUUCCUCUUUUUUUCCCCCCUUUUUUUAUGUGUUCAGUUAUUAUUAGUUUCGAGAGGAGAGAAAUAUAAAAGUUUUGUAACUAAAUGAUACAGCCAUGUGAUAUAAACACAAAAUUUUCACGUGAA